AUGACUGAUUGUAAAGCCACUCAUCAACGGGAAACGGGCCCACAGCAACGGGAAACGGGUCCACAGCAACGGGAAACGGGCCCACAGCAACGGGAAACGGGCCCACAGCAACGGGAAACGGGCCCACAGCAACGGGAAACGGGCCCACAGCAACGGGAAACGGGCCCACAGCAACGGGAAACGGGCCCACAGCAACGGGAAACGGGCCCACAGCAACGGAUACAUCACCCAGAGCAACGGACACAGCACCCACAGCAACAGACACAGCACCCAGAGCAACGGACACAGCACCCAGAGCAACGGACACAGCACCCAGAGCAACGGACACAGCACCCACAGCAACGGACACAGCACCCAGAGCAACGGACACAGCACCCAGAGCAACGGACACAGCACCCAGAGCAACGGACACAGCACCCAGAGCAACGGACACAGCACCCAGAGCAACGGACACAGCACCCACAGCAACAGACACAGCACCCCUCAGCAACGGACACAGCACCCAGAGCAACGGACACAGCACCCAGAGCAACGGACACAGCACCCAGAGAGCAACGGACACAGCACCCAGAGCAACGGACACAGCAGCACCCAGAGCAACAGAGCAACAGACACCACCUAGAGCAACGGACACAGCACCCAGAGCACACAGCACCCAGACAACGGACACAGCACCCAGAGCAACGGACACAGCACCCAGA